AUGGACGACGCGGACGGCGCCUGGUUCGGAAAGCGACAGCGCCUGCAGUCCUGCCUGGGACGAAACUUCCUGCUCGUCUCCUGGCGGGAGCACGAGGACGCGAGCAAGGGCUGCUGCCUGGUGGCCCAGCUCGUCGGCGACCCCCGUGAGGCGGACAGGUUCACCUACCGGGUGGACGUGACGCGCGAAGGCGCCCGGUCGCUCACCUGGAAGGACAGGCCUCGCUCGCUCCACGAGAGCGUCGAGUCGGCCCUGGCCAGCAGGGACUGCCUCUUCUUCGACGCCCGGCAGUUCGUGGAGGGCGGGAAGCUGAAGGUCGAGUGUACCGUGUCCUCCUGCGAGGCCACGUGA